AUGACACAGGCUAUAAACUCAAUCAGUUGUUCAAUCUGUUUAGAUCUACUGAAGGAUCCAGUAACUAUUCCCUGUGGACACAGUUACUGUAUGGGCUGUAUUAAGGACUGUUUGGAUCAGGAAGAUUACAAGGGUAUCUACAGCUGCCCGCAAUGCAGACAGACCUUCAUACCAAGACCUGUUCUAAACAGGAACACCAUCCUGGAUGAAUUGGUGGAGAAUCUGAAGAAAACAAGACUCCAAGCUGCUCCUCCUGAUCAUUAUUAUGCUGGACCUGGAGAUGUGGAGUGUGAUUCCUGCACUGAGAGAAAACUCAAAGCUGUCAAGUCCUGUCUGGUGUGUUUGGCCUCUUACUGUGAGACUCACCUCCAGCCUCACUAUGAAUCUCCUGCCUUUAAAAAGCACAAGUUGGACGAAGCCUCCAAACCACUACAGGAGAAGAUCUGUUCUCAUCAUGACAAACUACUGGAGGUUUACUGUCGUACUGAUCAGCAGUGUAUUUGUCUGCUCUGUAUGAUAGAUGUACAUAAAGGACAUGAUACAGUCUUAGCUGCAGCAGAAAGGACUGAGACACAAAGACAGUUUGGGGAGAAAUAUUUGGAAUCCCAGAAGAGAAUUGGGGAGAGAGAGAAGAAGAUUCAGGAGUUGAGACAGACUGUGGACACUCUGAAGCACUCUGCACAGGCAGCAGUGGAGGACAGUGAGAGGAUCUUUACUGAGCUGAUCUGCUACAUUGAGAAAAGACGCUCUGAGUUGAAGGAGCUGAUCAGAGCUCAGGAGAAGACUGAAGUGAGUCGGGCUGAAAGACUCUUGGAACAACUGGAGCAGGAGGUUGCUGAGCUGAGGAGGAGAGAUGUUGAGUUGAAGGAGCUCUCACACACAGAGGAUCACAUCCAUUUCCUGCAGAGUUUCCAGUCUCUCUGUGUCUCUCCUGGAUCUGAGGUCUUACCCAGUAUCACUGUCUAUCCACAUAUCUCCUUUGAGCAUGUCAAGAAAUCAGUCUCUGAACUGAAAGAUCAAAUACAGGAUGUAUGCAAAAAGGAAAUGGACAGGAUAUCUAGGGAAGUGACUACAGGUCAGAUUGGACAACCUGCUGAGCCCAAGACCAGAAAGGAUUUCUUAACAUAUUCCUGCCAGCUGACAUUGGAUCCCAAUACAGCAUAUCAGAACCUGUGUCUGUCUGAGGGGAACAGAAAGGUGACAUGUAGUAAUAAGGUUCAGUCCUAUCCUGACCAUCCUGACAGAUUUACCUCCUAUAAACAGGUGUUGUGUAGAGAGGGUCUGUCUGGAGUCUGUUACUGGGAGGUAGAGUGGAGUGGGGGAAGGGUUGAUGUAGCUGUCUCAUAUAAAGAGAUCAGCAGGAAAGGAGAUGGUAAUGAGUGUAGGUUUGGUGAUAAUGAUCAGUCCUGGAUGUUAUCCUGCUCUACAUCCAGAUGUUGUUUCUACCACAAUUAUACCAUGACUGAUAUUCCUGUCCCCUGGUCCUCCAGAGUAGGAGUGUAUCUGGACCACAGGGCAGGAACUCUGUCCUUCUACAGUGUCUCUGACACAAUGACCCUCCUCCACAGAGUCGAGACCACAUUCACUCAGCCACUCUAUCCUGGGUUUACUGUUUCUUAUGGAACGUCUGUGAAGAUACUGACAACUAUUCAGUGAUACAUCUAUCAGUCUGCUUGUAUCAAUGUAUGAAUGAUUAACUGUGGCUAAAGAUUGAUUUAAGAUUACAGAUAUCAUAUAGAACAGCAUGAUACAAUUACUAAUUUGCAUGUACACUGGUUUCAAUCAAAUCAAGUAUAAUAGGAUUAGCCAGAGGUCUGAGUUCCUGAAUUAACACAUAAUGAGACAUACCCCUCAAUGGUGAAGGGAGUUGAUUGACAGCUGAAAUGGACCAAUCAUCAUAAGGUUUAGUUUAGUCAGUGUCUACAACCCUGCUGAACUAUUUUAACAGAGACGUUUCGUCUUGAUUUGUGGGAUUUGUUUUGAGUUGGUUGUUUACUUGUCAACAGAAAUAUAUUUAUAAAUAUAUACCAUGUGUAUUGAUGUAUGGAUCAAGAACUACAGAAAAGUGAGGAAAGGCUACAGCUCGAGGGAUAUAGUGAUUCUGAUUGGGCAGCCAAUACAAAUGAUAGGAGGAGCACAACUGGAUACUGUUUCAACUUAAAUGAGAAUGGUCCAGUUAUAUCGUGGAAGAGUAGGAAACAGCCAACAGUGGCACCAUCCACCUGUGAAGCUGAGUAUAUGACACUAGCAGCCACUACUCAAGAGAGUAUGUACCUUGAAGGAAUAGUCAGUAGUAACCAGCAUGUGACAGUCAAGAUAUAUGAGGACAACUAGGGGGCGAUAGCUUUAUCUAAGAACCCAGUAUUCAGACAGAGAAGCAAACACGUAGAUAUAAAGUAUCACUUUGUACGGUCUGCACACACAGAAGGGAGAAUAUCUAUAGAAUACUGCCCUACUGCAAACAUGGUAGCUGAUAUCCUUACCAAGCCAGUGACACAGGCUAAGUUUGAGAGUUUCAAGGGGUAUUUCUUUGGAGAGUAAUGUGAGCUGGCAAAUGUAAAUGUUUCUGAAGUUUUUAGAACACUGCCAGAUGUGUUAUUUUGGCGUAAUGUAUUUUUGGUUUUUGUUUACCACUUUAGAGAGCUGUAAGAAUGUCUUUAAGUGGGAGUGUUAAGCGUAUUUGAUAUGAGGAGAAAAGCCAUGUUAAAUAACCUACGCAGUGACAUCAUAUUAGUAUGUGUGUGCCUGCGUGCACUUGAAUGCUAUUGUGAGCAUGCUCAGAUUAAACGGUCUGAGUGAGUUCCCAGACCAGAGAGAC